AUGUCACCUCUUCCUGUUUACUGCCGGCUGUGCCGUUCCUGCGUGUCACCCGAGUGUCCCCCAGGUGUGUCCCUGUCCUGUCCCCUGAGGCCAUGGAACCCUGUGAGCUGCUGGAGUUGCUGGUGGACGUGGUGGCCAGGCUUGGUGAGCUGGCAGCCACCGUGGCUGGGACGUACGGGGACGUGCUGCUGGGCGUGUCCCCAAGUUCCCUGCAAAAGGCCCUGGGGACCUUCAUCGGCCACCUCCGGGACACCCUGGGCCACCCCCGUGUCACCUCCCUGGGUGAGGCCCUGGCUGCCCUCAAGGACAAACGAGGGGCUACCUGGGCCCAUGUGAGAGAUGCGGCCAGCACCUGGCGGGACUUGGUGGCCACAUUCGAAGACAGCUGGGACCGGCUGUCCAGGGAGGCCACCGAGCUCUGUGACCCCUGCAGUGACACGGCCACCAGGGAGACCACCACUGCGGCCACUGCCAACAGCCGGGCCGGGGACCUGCGGGUCAAGGAAAAAUGCUGGGAGAAAUCUUGGCACAGCCUGGUGGCUGAGGUCUGGCAGCUGCCACUGGUCCGGGACAAGGAGAAGAUGGCCUCGGCCAUCACUGAGUACGAUGCCCAUAUGGAGGCCACUGCCAAUGAGGAGCAGGCGGCCACCAAGGCCAUGGAAGAGGCUGUGGUGGCCUCCAGCAUGGCAGGGGCGGCUACUAAAAGGGGCCAGCGGGCAGAGGCGGCCCUGGGCCCACUGGAGCGCUUGGUGGCUGCGUGUGACAAAGCCACCGCGUUCCCCCAGGAGCUGCUGCGCCGGCUCAGGGCCAUCCAGGCCUCCCUGGAGGGGAUGUCCCCAACAGCUGAUGUCCCCAACAGCUUGGUGGCUGCGGUGGCCGAGGCCGAGCAGGUGUGGAACGCCAGCACCUGCCUGGUCAGUGAUCACCUGCUGGGAACAAUCGGGGAGAUCCGUGCACUCCUCUCGAGUGUCCCUGGUGGCCCUGGUGGCCCCACUGGCCAUGCAGUGGCCAUGCAGUGCCAAAAAGCUGUCGAGGCCAUCCCGAAGCUGCUGCGGGGACAGUGAUGUCACUGCUGUGAUGUCAUCAGGGGUGGUGAAAUCAUUGGGGAUAUCUCUGGUGUCACCUGUCCACUCCCUCGUCCCCGCCAGAGAUUUGAGACAAGUUUGGGGAAUUUCCUGGGAAUUUUCAUUAAAAUUGCCCAAAAUCCUGAUGGGAAUGGCUGGGGUCAUGUCACUGGGACACUCUUGGGACACUCUGGGGCCACUCAGGGACACUCAUUGGCAGUUUGGUGGUGGUGAAUGAGGCAACUUUCCAUCAUGGGUACAGCAGAUCAUUUCUUGAGCCUCCUCAAAAACCUUCAGGUGCCUUUCCCUCCAUGGGCAGUUUCAUCUCAAAUGCCCAAUUUCCCUGCAUUGGUGACAGGGCCUCGGUUGUUCAAUUGCCCUCUCCCCUUUUAGGGCCUCUUCCCCAGGGAGCUCUGGUCCCAUUAUCCUCCCCCUGCACCCAUUUGCCUUGCCCUGACAGGGUCUCACUUCCCUCUGGGGGUGGGUCCUUCCAUGCUGGUUCCCCUCAGCAAUAGCAGCUGCCAUUAUUUUUGCUUUCCCCUUGGAUUUCUCCUCAUCCCUCCGUACCUUGACCUUCUGGGCUCCUUUUAUCAUGUCAUUCAAUCCCUUCUCCUGCCAUUCCCGCAGUCUUUCUAGCUUUGUCUUAUAUCCAGCCAAGCACGAGUGACAAAGGUUAUCUUCAAUAAAGCUUGUCCAGCUGUUGUAUCAGAGUCUA